GCGUCGUCGCUUUCCAUCGCAGCGGGGCUCGCAGCUCCUCUUAAACCGCUCCACGAGUGUGGCCGUUCUGCCCCGCCAUUGCUCUCCUCUCUCCAGCUCGAACCCGUCAAGCUAGCUAGCAAUCGGAGCAGUGAGUGUGACUGUGUGAGUCCCAUCGAUGCCUCCUGUUGAAAUUAAGCUGAUUGUGUGCUACGUUGUAGCUCAUCUCGUCCUAGCAGCCAUGGACGGCCAGAAGAUCCCAGGUUCUGUCAGGCUGGCCUGCGGAUGGGUGCUCCUCAGCGCCUGCGCCAUGGGCUUGGUCCACUACACCCUCUCCUGCAGCCAGGCCAUGACCUGCAAGUGCGAUGCGCUGACGGACACCAAGGCCGCCUGCUUCAGCGCCCUCUGGAUCGGGACUCUGUGCUGCGCUGGAUCCCAGGCUACCGCGGCGGCGCUGGCGCUGCUGCUCCCACGCCGCCCCCGCUGGAUCAUCCGUGAACUGGCCAACUUCUCGGUCGCGGUCGCCGGCGCCGGCUACUGCAUGUUCCACGGCGCCAUCUACAUCCUCCACCCAGGAGUCUACUUCGCACUGGCCUCGAUCAUGUUCAUGCUGGGCGACAUCAUCUGCGGCAUGACUCUCUACCUGAGUUUGUUCUGCUGCUCCUGAAAUCGAUGGCGGCCCGCCUCUCCGACGUCCUCCUCCACGGCGAGCCGCCCAAACACCGUAAUGCAUUUUCUUCCCCCAUCAGCGCUUCACCAAGCAGCAGCACAUGGAGUUGGAGGCAAGAAGAGGAGGAGCAAGAAGGGGAGGACGCGGGCGACUAGUUCCUCCCCUGAGCUCGAAGGCCGAGGGCCCAGAUCCGCGGUUGUUCUUUCCAAAUCUUGAUGCCAUUUGCUUUCCUGCGAUUCUUCAUGUGUCGCUGUUAGUUUUUGUUGGGUUGCUAAGAAGAAUCAGGAGGAGCCAUCCUCUGCUCCUUCUCAAAAUUUCCCUCCCAGAUCUGUAUUCUUGGGCAUCGAUUUUUUAUCUUUUGCUUGACCAUCAAUCGCACGUAUUUAUUACUUAAGAUUUUUUGUGCUGCUGUGUUGGAUUUGGGGGUGAGGCUUUUUUUUCUGGUGCGGUCAGCACUGAUGGUGUAUGAAUUACGAUGUGGUAUGUGUGCUGCCUUGC